AUGUGGCUUUGCUUGUCACAACCAAUGAAACUUUGCCGCGUCACGUGUCGUCCGCCAGUAAGAUCCAUUUAUUUUCAUUCCGUCAGCUGAUUCGCCCUACUCUCUGAAUUUUCGAAUUUCUAGUUCGUCUGCGAUCCAAUCGUGUGGGGGGUGCUCUCGAGAAUCGUUAAACCUCGUCAGAGGUUUUGCUUUCACGACACGAUGGCCGCACCGUUCUUCUCAACUCCAUUCCAGCCAUAUGUCUACCAGAGUCAACAAGAUACAGUCACACCUUUCCAGAUUUUGGGUGGUGAAGCUCAAGUUGUUCAGAUAAUGUUAAAGUCAGAGGAGAGAGUCAUUGCUAAGCCAGGUUCCAUGUGUUACAUGUCUGGGUCUGUUGAGAUGGAGAAUACAUAUACUCCUGAACAACAAGUUGGAGUCUUACAGUGGAUUUUUGGUAAGAGUGUAACCAGCGUUGUUCUUCGGAAUACUGGGCCAAACGAUGGGUUUGUGGGUGUUGCUGCACCUUAUUUCGCUAGGAUUCUACCGAUCGAUUUAGCUAUGUUUGGAGGUGAAAUCUUAUGCCAGCCAGAUGCAUUCCUUUGUUCGGUCAGUGAUGUGAAGGUUGUCAACUCCGUUGACCAGAGGGCAAGAAACAUUGUUGCCGCUGGUGCAGAGGGAUUUCUGAGACAACGCAUAUCUGGACAAGGUCUUGCUUUUAUCCUCGCAGGUGGCUCAGUUGUACAAAAAGUUCUGGAGGUAGGAGAAGUUCUCACCAUUGACGUGUCUUGCAUCGCUGCUCUCACUCCCUCUAUCGAUGUCCAAAUCAAAUACAACACUCCUCUCAGACGAGCAGUAUUCGGGGGUGAUAACGUAGUAAUGGCGACACUAACGGGACCUGGCAUCGUCUUCAUCCAAAGUUUACCGUUUCAUCGGCUCUCUCAGCGUAUUGCAAGGUCGGUGACGUCACCAAACAUGAGAGAAAAUCCAAGAUUGAUGAUACAGAUAGCAUUAUUUGCGUUCCUUGCAUACGUUGUGAUUCUAUCUUCGCUACUCUUAACCGAAGAAGUUUGAAAGCAGAAAAAGGAGAGGGGAAGGGGAGAGAGAGAGAGAGUUGUGCUUUUCCGACCAAACAACAAACUAACAUGUAAUUGUCUCUACUUAGCUCUGGUUUUGAACUUUUGGAUAGAAUGAUAUAUGAUUCAUAUUGCAAA